GCGGGCGGCGUUGAGUCAUUCAUACUUCGCUGUGGUUAGCGAGCACGGUGUCUCAGAGUCCACCCCUUGCCUUGAUCUGUGACGUAGACGUGCCUCAUACUUAGAGCCAGCCCCUCAGGGUCCCACUUCAGGCAACAUGUCCUGAUGUCCUGGAGUGUGUGUCCCUCGGCAUCCCGCCUGACUGACCACCCCCCUCCCUUCUCUGGUGGGCACUUUCCCUGGCUCCAGAGCCAGCCCCUGGAACCCUGUGAUGACUUCUUUUACCCCUUAACCAUCGUCACCUGCAGUUUCCUGGAAACUCCAGUGGACAACUUGCCUCCAAGCAUUCAUCUACAAGGCUUUCUUCUGCUUUCAGUUCCUGUUAGCAGCCAGGUCCUGUGACUCCUCCCUCCACGAAGUUUUCCCAGCCUGAUGCAUCCCUGUGGCCAGAGUCCUCUCUGAACCAGCCUCAGCCCCCUGGCCUGGGCCUGUCUGCCUUACCGUGGCCAUGGCCUCUCGGCCGCGCCCUGACCCCUCCUUUCCUGCAGGUUCCCGUUGUUGGCUACAAGAAGACACCCAGUACAACAAUGCCAUCCCCACUGGGCCCCCCACGCCUGCCCUCUGUGGACUCCGUGGCCACUCUGGAGGAGCCCGAGGCAGCACGCCUACGUUUCCGGGGAUUCUGCUACCAGGAGGUGGCAGGUCCCCGUGAGGCCCUGGCCCGGCUGCGAGAACUGUGUCGCCAGUGGCUGCGGCCGGAGGCAUGCUCCAAGGAGCAGAUGCUGGAGCUGCUGGUGCUGGAGCAGUUUCUGGGCACGCUGCCCCCUGAGAUUCAGGCCUGGGUGCGGGGCCAGCGGCCAGGCAGCUCUGAGGAGGCAGUAGCCCUGGUCGAGGGCCUACAGCACAACCCUGGGCAGCUACUGGGCUGGAUCACAGCCCAUGUCCUGAAGCAAGUGGUGCUCCCGGAGGCACAGAAGAUAGAGGAGUCCUUGGGGAGACCCCACCCUUCAGGGACAGUGGAGCUUCUCAGGGCAACCUCUGGGGAGGAGCCACAGGACACCCAGAUGGAAGGGUCUGCCCAGCUCAGCUGCAGUGUGAAGGAGGAGCCUGAUGCUGAUGGGCAGGAGAUGGCACCUUCCAGCCCCCCACAUCCAGCCCAGUCUCGCGAGGGGUACCCAGGACACCGGGAACCAGCCUCCACAUCCUUCCAUCCACCCAGGAUUCAGGAGGAGUGGGGGCUCCUGGACCGGUCCCAGAAGGAACUGUACUGGGAUGCGAUGCUGGAGAAGUACGGCACGGUGGUCUCCCUGGCAGGGUUACCGGCCCCCCUACCAGAGGCACGGGUUGAGUCGGAGCCAGGGGCACUGCACUCAGGGACAGAGGGUCAAAGAAGCCUCCGCCCGGGUGAGUGCCGCUCCACACGAUCUGAACCACCUGUUGUCUGGUGGAGGGGGAGCUUGUCUGCCCCCACACACCUGGUGGGAGGGGAGGGGAAUGUCAAGGACGCUGGGCUACCUGGGGCUGCCACCUCUCCUUCCCUAGGAGAUGAGAGUGAAAGCCACCGUGAGGGUCCGCCCCACUGCCCAGAGUCCCAGCCACCCGAGGUCCCCAGGCCUGUCAUCUGGGAGGGCCCAUCUGGGGCCUCCACGUCCACCAGGGCUGCGGCGGGAGCAGGGCUGGAGGCCGGCGCCCCACGGAGGAAGCCUUACACCUGUGAGCUGUGCGGCCGAGGCUUUGACUGGAAAUCAGUGUUUGUCAUCCACCACCGGACACAUGCAGAUGGGCAGGCCGCGCGGGCCCCAGCGCUGGCUCUCGGGGGCGCGCAGAAGCUGCCACCGGGUUCCCGGGACCCGGGCACACCACGCCACCCCCGGCGUGCACCCCUAGGCCCCCGAAGCUAUGCAUGUGAGGAUUGCGGGCGCUGCUUCAGCUGGAAGUCUCAGUUGGUCAUCCACCGCAAGAGCCACGCAGGCCAGCGGCGCCACUUCUGUGGUGAUUGCGGCCGCGGCUUCGACUGGAAGUCCCAGCUGGUCAUCCACAGGAAGAGCCACCGGCCAGAGGGCCCUUGAGCGGCUCCAGAAGGCAGCCUCUUCUUGGGAGCCGUGGAGCCUCCAGGGCCUGGACACAGUUCCAGCAAUCUGGUUCCAGCCUCCUUGGGCUGCUUGGUCUCUUCCGUGCGGGAUACUUGGAGACAGCAGAGGACAUUUGUGAGUCAGUUCCCAGGCGAGUCCCCUGCCGCCGCUUCAGUGUCCCCCAAACAGCCACCUGGGUGUAAGUAAAAGAAGCCGCUGCUCCCUCAAUAGCCUGGUGAGGCCUGGACUGUGAUGAACUGCCUAAGCCCAGUGACUUCCAAGCUCCGAGGUCCCCAGCUGUGACCUGAUGCAGGCGGACAGGUUAAAGACUCUCCCUCCCCCUGGACCUUGUUGGCCCCAGGUGGCUGCUCAAAAACCGCCCCUUUCCACCCCUUCUGAAGCUGCUGGGCCUGAUGACUUGGUGUAGACAGUACAGACAGCCGAGGGGAACGUGCCCUGCUUCUGUUUGCAGGUGGAUAGAAAACUCACGGCUCUCUACAGUUUAGAUUUGUAACAAAUUCCAUUUUUAUAAUGGGAAGUUUCUAUAUAAGAAUUCUUAUCUCUGGUUUCUUGCUGCCUACAACAUCAGCAGUGGCAUUCCUGCCUGGCAGCUGGAGCCACAGAGCAGGCUGUACCCACGAGAAGGGCCAGCAGUCCUGGCCUCCUGCCCCACCUUGUUCCCGGGCCACCCACGUCACUCCCUGGCCUCCUUGUCCUUUGAGCCCUCAAGUCCCAGCCUGAGUGGACACUAAGGGGACCUCCCUUGCAGAUAUGGAUAGACACGGAGGGUGGCCGCUGAGUAAAGGUUCCACAAACAGA